UGAGGCUGUGAGGGAGUGAGGGAUUGAGGCUAUGAGGCAGUGAGGCUGUGAGGCAGUGAGGGAGUGAGGCAGUGAGGGAGUGAGCGCCUCUGCACUGAGGGCUGAGCGCACACAGCGCCGGUGUCGCACACGGUGGGAGAAUGAAGGAAACGGAUAAGGAUUUGCUGCGCCUCUACAAAACAUACAUCACCGGCAUCGUUCGCCCCUCUUAUGUCUUGGCCCAUCUCGUAGACUUUAUUUCAUCCGCUGACAUUGAACAGAUUCGAUCAGAAGAACAGAAGUCAGUCACCACCUCUGCAGAGCUCUUUCUAGACUGUCUGUUCAAAGUGGAAGAACAAGGCUGGUUUCAAGGAUUUUUAGAUGGACUUACAGCAGCAGGUUACACUGGUUUGGCAGAAGCCAUUCAAAUGGCUGACUUUUCCGAAAUUGAGAGCCUUAAAGGACACAAGAAGCUUUUAGAACGUGUCACGCCAACUAUUAUUAACAAUGUAAAACCUCACGAAAUUCUUCCUUAUAUGAACUCAUGUCUCCUGCCCAGGGAAUGCGAGGAGAUCCAACAGCUCACAACAAACAAGGGCAAUGCUGCUGGUGCGGAAAAGCUACUGGAGUGUUUGCAGAGGUCGGACAAAAUGACCUUCUACAAAACGUUUACCCUGGCUUUGGAGAUGUCCGACAGUGUGGCAGUCACUGACCUGCUGUGUGUAGAUUCAGAUGAGAUGAGCACAGAGCCUAGUGACUGUAGCAGUUCCUUGAUCCAUGAACAAGAAAUUCACUACAUGGAGCAGACAGGCAAGGACGACGCGUGUGAAGCUCCGUAUCCAGGUAUGAAAGAGGUGAUGACUGACUCUACUUCGCUGAAGACACCUGAGAGACACCAGAAGAACUCCUCUGACGUCAAGGAUAUGAAGCUGAGGGAAUACCAGAAGGAGCUGGCCAGGCCGGGGAUCGAAGGGAAAAACACAAUCAUUUGCGCUCCGACAGGCUGCGGCAAAACACUAGUCGCCCUGACCAUCUGUGAGCAUCACCUGAAGGACAUGCUCGAAGAGAAGAGGAAGGUUGUCUUCCUGGCAACCACAGUGCCCAUCUACCAGCAGCAGAGCCGCCUGUUCACUGACUACUUCCAGAACACCAGUUACAAAGUGGCUGGGCUGUGUGGUGAGUCUGCGGAGCAUGCUCCCGCGCAGAUGUUAGUCGAGGUGAACGACAUCCUGAUCUUCACGCCUCAGAUCCUCUUAAACUGUCUCAAGACCAGCACCAUCCCAUCCCUGUCCAUCUUCACCUUGCUGAUAUUUGAUGAAUGCCACAACACGGCUAAAAGUCACCCCUACAAUGUCCUAAUGCAGCAAUACCUGGACGCCAAGCUCAGUACAGACUCGGAGCCCUUACCACAGAUCGUUGGAUUGACUGCAUCGAUUGGAGUUGGUGAUGCCAAAACUGUCCAGGAAACCAUGCAACAUAUUUUUCAAAUUUGUGCCAACCUUGAUAUGGAAACCAUAUCCACUGUGAGAGAGAACUUGACUGAGCUGGAGAAGUUUGUCUUUGUUUCAGAGAAACAUAUUCGAGAAAUCGGCUGUCGUGUGAAGGAUCCUUUUGCAGAUAUUAUUUUUGGGAUCAUGGAGCGCAUUGAGGAGAUGGCCAGGAGUGUCUAUAAUAUUGAUACGCUGUCAGGCAUUCCCAAUCGAUCCCGGGGGACACAAAAAUAUGAGCAGUGGAUUGUCGAGAUUCAGAAAAAAUGCAAAGUGUUGCAAAUGGCAGAUGUGGAAGAAGAGAGGCGGAUCUGUAAGGCUCUCUUCACUUACACUGAACACUUGAGGAAAUAUAAUGACACUAUGAUUAUCAACGAGGACGCUCGGACCAAAGACGCAGUCGAGUAUUUGGACCAAUUUAUUAACAAUGUGAAGGGAGGCGGGUUUGAUGAGACUGAACGGGAACUUACAGCACUAUUUGAAGAAAAUAAGCAACGACUGCUUGAGAUUGACCAAGAACCGAAAUACCAUAACCCCAAGCUGAAUGAAGUGGAGGCGAUCCUGAAUGAGGAAUACACGAACAAGCCAGACACCAAAACCAUCCUCUUCGUCAAAACAAGAGCUCUAGCAGAUGCAUUGAAAAAGUGGAUAACUGAAAGCCCUGUGUUAGAGUUCCUACAGCCAGAGUUGUUGUUAGGCCGAGGCAGGAGGGAUCACACCCCUGCAAUGACUCUACCAUUACAGAAGGAGGUGCUGACACUAUUUAAAGAGUCUUCUGGCACCAAACUCCUGAUCGCGACUUCCGUUGCUGAUGAAGGGAUUGACAUUGCUCAGUGCAAUCUAGUGCUGCUGUAUGAGUAUGUGGGCAACGUUAUAAAAAUGAUCCAAACCAGAGGCCGGGGACGAGCCGAAGGAAGCAAGUGCAUUCUCGUCACGAGUAAGAGAGAAAAUGCUGAGAGAGAUGAAAUCAAUUAUUUACAAGAAAAGAUGAUGUACAGAGCUAUUCAGCAGGUGCAACAGAUGGACAGGACAAUGUUUUGCUCCAAGAUUAACAGAAUUCAAGUAGAUGAACAACAGAUGCGAGAAAGUACAGCAGCGAAAGUGAGAUGUGUAGAGAAAUCAAAGGACAGUUAUAAUCUACUGUGUGCAAAGUGCAAAAAGUAUGCCUGCAGCUCUGAUUGUAUUAGAGUUAUAGAGGAGUCGCAUCAUGUGGUUGUUGAGCAAUCAUUCAAAGAGCGCUAUACACAUGAACCUCAUCCGAAACCAAAACGCUAUGGCAACUUUCAGAAAGUGUCAAAAUUAUAUUGCAAAAGUUGCAAGCACGACUGGGGUAUCACUGCAAAUUUCAAGGUGUUCAAUAACUUGCCAGUCAUUAAAAUCGAAAGCUUUGUCCUUGAGAACGUCACAACAUCAGAACAAUCCUAUGUGAGAAAGUGGAUAAAAGUCCCUUUCCUUCUGAAGGUGUUUAACACUGCUGAAGUUGCUGCCGAGUGAUUGUGCUGCUUUUAAUUUGCUUCCAGAGCCUUGGCAUGUCCUCCUGACAUGAAAGACUCUACACAAAUGUAAUU